AUGCCACCGCGAGCUGUGAUGAACCUUCGGGUCUACAAGGACAUCGCUUCGUAUCGCAACAAGCAACCGUUAGAUUCUGGAAAACCGUUGGCCGAUAUUGGAAGCGAGACAACAUUCAUUGUGGAAUUGCCACCGCCGCGCCAGCCUCCUUUAGAGCAGCACGAUGUGAUUCGUGUGCUAGUCGAGGAGUGGUUUGCGAGCGAUUCGCUGUUUUCUGUACCCAGGCGAGUCAAACUCGACGAUGCAGAUGAAGAUAUAGGCGAGGAUGCAGACAAUGUCGACGAUGACCAAGCCGGCAGUCACGAUCGCGUUAUGGCCGAUGAUGAAGUACAUAUCACGAUGAGAUUACACCUACUCAACAAAUCAAAAUACUUCGAUAUGGCUAGCUUCCCCCGCUCUUAA